GGGCCGGAGCGCAGCCUUAGCAGUGGCUGCUGCAGGAGCAGCGGCCGCCUUGGGAGUCGGCGGAGAGGCAGCCGCGGAGCGCUGAGCUGGCCGCGCCCCGAGGCCCGGCCCUGGGGGUGGGUAACCGCGCCAAGGAGCUGGAAACUUUCCCGCAGUUCUCGUCCCGUCUUGGUGUAGUCGCCUGAUCCAGAGGAACUUCUGGGGUGCCCCCAGAGUGAGACAGCUGCUCUCUGUUGCCAGCAAGUGGAGUCUGGGGUGAGGCAAGAAGCAAAGGAGUGUUGAAAAUGUUAAAGGCUGUGCUGAAGAAGAGCCGAGAGGGAGGAAAGGGAAGCAAGAAGGAAACAGGAGGCGACUUUGGUCCAGAGACUUCCCCUCCAGUCCUGCCGCCUGGCCAUGGCGGUGAGUUCCCUGUGAGCAGCCUUCCAGUGGCAGAGGAUGCCUACAGGGUGAGCUUGGCUAAAGGCGUCUCCAUGUCUCUGCCUUCGUCACCUCUGCUGCCCCGACAGUCUCACUCUGUGCCGUCAAGGUCAACCAAAAAGUCCCCAGGUCCUGUCAGGAAGCCCAAGUAUGUGGAAAGCCCCAGAGUGCCUGGAGAUGCAGUCAUAAUCCCGUUCCGAGACGUGCCCAAGCCAGCAGAGCCCAGUGAGAAUGAAGCAAAGGCCGAUAAUGAACCGAGCUGUUCGCCGGCAGCUCAAGAACUGUUGACAAGGCUGGGAUUUUUACUGGGAGAAGGGAUCCCAAGUGCCACACAUAUAACCAUUGAAGAAAAAAAUGAAACCAUGUGCACAGCCCUGAGCCAAGGCAUCAGCCCUUGCUCCACUCUUACAAGCAGCACCGCCUCUCCCAGCACCGACAGCCCCUGCUCAACCUUGAACAGCUGUGUCAGCAAGACGGCAGCCAACAAAAGUCCCUGUGAGACCGUUAGCAGCCCUAGUUCCACCCUGGAAAGCAAGGACAGUGGAAUUAUAGCCACAAUUACAAGUUCAUCGGAAAAUGAUGACCGGAGUGGCUCCAGUUUGGAAUGGAAUAAGGACGGAAGCCUAAGGUUAGGGGUACAGAAGGGAGUGCUCCAUGACCGCAGGGCAGAUAAUUGCUCCCCAGUGGCAGAAGAGGAGCCCCCUGGGCCAGCGGAGAGCGUGCUGCCCAAAGCCGAAGCCUCAGUUGGAGAUGGUCCGGUCCCUUAUUCUCAGAGCUCCAGCUCGCUAAUAAUGCCACGGCCCAACUCAGUUGCAGCAACGAGCUCAACCAAAUUGGAAGACCUGAGUUAUUUGGACGGACAGCGAAAUGCUCCCCUCCGGACAUCCAUUAGGUUACCGUGGCACAGUACGGCUGGAGGUAGGGCGCAGGAAGCACGAUUUGCUCCCUACAAGCCACAAGACAUUUUGUUGAAACCAUUGUUGUUUGAAGUACCAAGCAUAACCACAGACUCUGUGUUUGUGGGAAGGGAUUGGCUCUUUCACCAGAUAGAAGAAAACUUGAGGAACACAGAACUGACAGAAAACAGAGGCGCGGUGGUUGUUGGAAACGUGGGCUUUGGGAAGACGGCUAUCAUUUCUAAGUUGGUGGCGCUGAGCUGCCACGGAAGCCGCAUGAGGCAGAUCGCUUCCAACAGCCCCAGCUCAUCAACGAAAACUUCAGAUUCCUCCCAGGAUGUUCCUUUCACUCCACUGCUUUCACCAAGUUCUACAAGUGGUCCUGGUGCGGCCAAAUCCCCCCCAGUGUCUGGGUCUGAUGCUUCUGAGAACCGGAGACCACGAGAGGAUGCAGUGAAAUACCUGGCUUCUAAGGUCGUGGCCUACCACUACUGCCAGGCCGACAACACCUACACGUGCCUGGUGCCCGAGUUCGUGCACAGCAUCGCGGCCCUGCUCUGCCGGUCCCACCAGUUGGCCGCCUACCGGGACCUGCUGAUAAGGGAGCCCCAGCUCCAGAGCAUGCUGAGCCUCAGGUCCUGUGUGCAGGACCCGGUGGCUGCCUUCAAGCGGGGCGUGCUGGAGCCGCUCACAAGCCUGAGAAACGAGCAGAAAAUUCCUGAAGAAGAAUACAUUAUUUUGAUAGAUGGCUUAAAUGAAGCUGAGUUUCAUAAACCUGAUUAUGGAGAUACGCUUUCUUCGUUUAUUACCAAGAUUAUUUCAAAAUUCCCUGCUUGGUUGAAGUUGAUUGUGACUGUAAGAGCCAAUUUCCAGGAAAUCGUCAGCGAGCUGCCAUUUGUCAAGCUGUCCUUGGAUGACUUUCCGGACAAUAAGGACAUCCACAGCGACCUGCACGCCUACGUCCAGCACAGGGUCCACAGCAGCCAGGACAUCCUCAGCAACAUCUCACUGAACGGCAAAGCCGAUGCUGCACUCAUCGGCAAAGUCAGCAGCCACCUGGUUCUGCGGAGCCUCGGCUCCUACCUGUACCUCAAGCUCACCUUGGACCUCUUCCAAAGGGGACACCUGGUCAUCAAGAGCGCCAGCUACAAGGUGGUGCCUGUGUCUCUGUCUGAGCUCUACCUGCUGCAGUGCAACAUGAAGUUCAUGACCCAGUCUGCUUUCGAGAGAGCACUUCCCAUUUUAAACGUGGCCCUGGCGUCCCUCCACCCCAUGACGGAUGAGCAGAUCUUCCAGGCGAUCAACGCCGGCCACGUCCAAGGGGAGCAGGGCUGGGAGGACUUCCAGCAGAGGAUGGAUGCCCUCUCCUGCUUCCUCAUCAAGCGGCGAGACAAAACCCGCAUGUUCUGCCACCCAUCCUUCAGGGAGUGGCUCGUGUGGAGAGCAGAUGGGGAGAACACAGCCUUCCUGUGUGAGCCCAGGAAUGGGCACGCUCUGCUGGCGUUCAUGUUUUCGCGACAGGAGGGCAAGCUGAACCGCCAGCAGACCAUGGAGCUUGGCCAUCACAUCCUGAAGGCACACAUUUUCAAGGGCCUCAGCAAGAAGAUGGGAAUCUCUUCAAGCCACCUCCAGGCCCUGUGGAUCGGGUACAGCACUGAGGGGCUGUCCGCGGCCCUGGCCUCUCUCAGGAAUCUCUACACUCCCAAUGUGAAGGUGAGCCGUCUCCUGAUUUUAGGAGGGGCCAACGUGAACUACAGGACCGAAGUGUUAAAUAACGCCCCGAUCCUGUGCGUCCAGUCUCACCUUGGCCACGAGGAAGUGGUCACUCUGCUUCUGGAAUUCGGCGCCUGCUUGGAUGGCGUGUCAGAGAACGGCAUGACUGCCCUCUGCUACGCAGCCGCUGCAGGCCACAUGAAGCUGGUGUGUCUGCUGGCCAAGAAGGGGGCGAGGGUGGACCACCUGGAUAAGAAAGGCCAGUGCGCGCUGGUCCACAGCGCACUGAGGGGCCACGGCGACGUUCUCCGCUACCUGCUGACCUGCGAGUGGUCGCUGGGCCCGCCCCAGCCUGGCGCGCUGAGGAAGAGCCAAGCCUUGCAGCAGGCGCUGACGGCGGCCGCCAGCAUGGGCCACAGCUCGGUGCUCCAGUGCUUGCUGGAACUGGAAAAGGAACAUGAAAUAGACGUCAAUGGCACCGACACGCUGUGGGGAGAAACAGCCCUGACGGCCGCGGCUGGACGAGGCAAGCUGGAGGUCUGUGAGCUGCUGCUGGAGCGUGGAGCUGCCGUGUCUCGGACUAACAGGAGAGGGGUCCCUCCAUUGUUCUGUGCGGCACGCCAGGGGCAUUGGCAGAUUGUUAGGUUGCUGUUGGACCACGGCUGUGACGUGAACCUAAGUGACAAGCAGGGCCGGACGCCCCUCAUGGUGGCUGCUUGCGAAGGGCACCUGAGCACCGUGGAAUUUCUCCUUUCAAAAGGUGCCAUCCUUUCUUCUCUGGACAAGGAGGGUCUGUCGGCAUUAAGCUGGGCAUGUCUGAAAGGUCACAGGGCUGUUGUCCAGUUCCUAGUGGAGGAGGGAGCCGAGAUCGACCAGACGGACAAGAACGGCCGCAGCCCCUUGGACCUGGCCGCCUUCUACGGCGACGCGGAGACCGUGCUGUAUCUGGUGGACAAGGGGGCUGUGAUUGAGCACGUGGACCACAGCGGUAUGCGGCCCUUGGACAGAGCCAUCGGUUGUCGGAACACAUCCGUAGUGGUUACGCUGCUGAGAAAAGGAGCCAAGUUAGGAAAUGCUGCCUGGGCGAUGGCUACUUCCAAACCUGAUAUUUUGAUUAUACUUUUACAGAAAUUGAUGGAGGAAGGAAACGUGAUGUACAAAAAAGGGAAGAUGAAAGAGGCAGCCCAAAGGUACCAGUACGCCUUAAGGAAAUUUCCUCGAGAAGGAUUUGGAGAGGACAUGAGACCAUUCAAUGAGCUAAGAGUUUCCCUCUAUCUCAAUCUGUCUCGCUGCCGAAGGAAAACAAAUGACUUCGGCAUGGCGGAAGAAUUUGCUUCCAAGGCCCUUGAGUUGAAACCAAAGUCCUACGAAGCCUUUUAUGCCAGGGCCAGAGCCAAGAGAAGUAGCAGGCAGUUCGUGGCUGCCCUGGCUGACUUGCGGGAAGCAGUGAAGCUCUGUCCCACCAACCAGGAGAUCAGGCGGCUCCAGGCCCGCGUGGAGGAGGAGUGCAAGCAGCUCCAGAGGAGCCAGCAGCAGAAGCAGCAGGCCCCCCCGCCUGCCCCACCCACCGACUCGGACAACGAGGAGUAUGCCCCGACGCCCGGCCUGAACGACCGCUUUCACCUUGAGGAGGCUGAAGAGGAGGAGACGUCGCCACCAGAAGAAGCCAUUUCCCUUGCUCCCAGGCCCCCGCCAUCCUCGUCCGCACCCUCCCCGUACAUCCGAAACCUUCAGGAAGGGCUCCAGCCCAAGAUAAGGCCCGUGUCGCCACUGCAGAGUCGGCCGGGGGCCGGCAAGGCCCUGAGGGAGGCGGUGGCUCAGCCGGGGCUGACGGUGCAGCCCACCAAGCAGGCGCAGAUCGUGAAGACCAGCCUGCACCUGGGCUCCGGACCUGCGGGUGUGAGAAACGGCAGCUCGAAGACGCAGGUCUCUCCGCUGAAUCCUCCCCCGAGCCCCAUGCCUGGAAGACUGCCCACUGCCCCCGCCGGUAGCAGAAGCCUGCAUCUGGAGGGAGCAGCCUCGGGUCCCUUCGGCGACCGGCUGGGGCCCAGCCCCGCAAUCCACCUGCAGCACAGUGAGGGCGACGCUGCGUAUCCUUUACCAAGCAAGAUAAAAAGUGCAGAGAGGCUUCUGUCUCAUGCUGCCGUGGCUGUGGACGUGGUCCCUUUAAACCCAGGGGGGCCAGUGAGCUGCAGCGACACCCGACACCCGACUUCCCUCAGUAGUUCAGGCUCUUCCGGUUCUCCAUCAAGCAGCAUCAAGAUGUCAAGCUCCACCAGUAGUUUGGCUUCAAGCAGCAGUUUCUCGGAUGGCUUCAAAGUUCAAGGACCAGAUGUUCGAAUUAAAGACAAGGUUGGUAGCCAGGUUCCGAGUGGCACAGCUGAGCACAGACCUCGCAAUACUCCAUUCAUGGGCAUCAUGGAUAAGACCGCGAGGUUCCAGCAGCAGAACCAUCCGCCUGGCCGCACCUGGCACUGUGCGGUGCCAGAGGGGCUGCUGACGAGCGCGCCUUCUGCAGCUGGCCUGCAGGCCUCGAACUCUGAGAAGCCCUCUCUCAAGCAAGCCAAAGCCUGCCCUGGGUCUACCCUGGGUGGAGGUGUCCACAACGGGGCCCAGGUGAAGGAGCUAGAAGAAAAGAAGUGCCAAAUGCCAGCCCACUGUCAGGACAGCAGGGUAACUAAGACCAUUUCACAUCUGUAUCAGGAAAGUAUGUCUAAACAGCAGUCUCAUAUCAGCAGUGAAGCCCACAGGAGUCACCUCCCUUCAGCAAAACCAAAGCGAUCAUUCAUAGAAUCAAAUGUGUGAGCCUUAAGAGAGAGACCCAUUUGUAGUAUUUGGAAGACAGUGUGUUGGUGCCUGGUAAUAAUUAAAUGGUUGUACAUGAGAAAAAUUACUUUUUAGCCAUAUGUUUUUUCCCCUCUGGAGUGGAUCAGAUGCCAUUGAUAUACUAAAAGUGUCGGAUUAAAUUUCUUUAGUAAAUUAGAAGUCACCAGAAAUAAGAAUGCUAACCAGAAUUGGAAGACUGCAACUAGCUAUGCCUAUUAAGUUAUAAUUUUAAGACAGCCAGGAAGACAUUAACUCAUGCCUUUCUCUUACGAAAUUGUUUGGUUUUUAUCACUUUUCUCCUAGCAUUUGCUAUGUAGUUAAGAUUACAUUAUUUCUUAGAUAAUGUAAAUAUCUAGUAAUAGUUUAACUCAUGACAUAAUAUCCAGGUGAUAUGUCCUGGAAAAGAGGAAAUUUUCAAGUAACAGUUCCAAUAAGUCAAAUCUUUAUAUAUAUAUAUGUAUGUAUACAUACAGUUGACCCUUAAACAAUGUAGGGGUUCGGGGCACCAACCUCUAUAGUCAAAUAUCCAUGUAUAACUUUACAUGGAUUGGUCCUCUGGAGAGUUCCACAUCCUUGUGUUAACCAUCUGUGGAUCAUGUAGUACUAUACUGACUGAAAAAAAGUGGACCUGCACAGUUCAAACCCAUUGUUCAAGGGUCAGAGAGUGUGUGUGUGUGUGUAUAUAUGUAUAUAAAAGACCUGAGUAAUUUCUAUCUGAAUAUAAAUGUGACUUUACAUAUUAUACAGCUGGUUUUUUUUUUAAGCAAAAUACAAGAACAUCCAGGUAAUGUUCUCUUCAUAGCAGUUCCCUUAAAAAGAUCAACUUUUAUUUCUGUGUUACGGUUCUCAUUAAAAUAUUUUUAUAGCACCUUUUUUUGGAACUACAUUCCUGCUUCAAUGUAUUUUUUAAUAUUUGAAAAUGAUAUAAACCAUUUGGAAUCAUGAUUGGUAGUUAAGUUGAAUGUGGGCUAAAACACUAAGUUUUAGUAGUAGUAGUCUGUAUUUUUAUACAGCAUUCUCGGUGACGUGUAAAUUAGCUCUCAACUGAUUCCCAAAGUGCUUUUAUCAAUGACAGCACUCCUGGAACAAGCCUUCCAAGGUCCUCUAAGGACAGUAUUUAAUUUGGAUACUUAAGGUAUGGUUGGCUAUUGCUUUUAUUAUACAGUCAUUACUUUAGAGCUAUAUGUUGUAUAUAUGAAAUAGCUAAAGUUGUAUUCAGACUUGUAAAUAUAACUAUUUCAAGUAGUUAAUCUGGAAGUCAUAUAUUUGCAUGUGCUUUUUAAGCUUCAUCCAUGCUGUUUACUGCACUGAGCGAUAUAUAGGGCAUGUUAACAUUAUCCAAGUAACGGCACUUUAUCUCAUUUAUAUGAACACCUCUGAGGUGCUACUUAAGUCCAAACUGAUGUAUUAUUCAUUUGUAAAGAUAAGGUACAGGAAUGAUCCUUGAGUUAAAGGUAUUUUUAUAUGAAAAUGAUAUGCUAUUGGAGGAUGUUAAAAUGCUAGUUUUGAGAGAAGUGGGAGUGUUUUAUACGUUGGGAUGUGAAAUUAUUUUCUAGACUUGGAGAGAAGGAAGUUCUAUAUUUACAGAAUGUUUUAAAAAUGAAGAGUCGUAAUGAAGUUCCUGUAAGCAUCAUUAUAGUCUUGUACGAAUAGGAAUCUUCUGGUGUCAUUCUUCAACAUUAGUUCCUGUGUACAGUGUACUCUGUAUAGUUUUAUUGUGUGUGUUUUUUAAGAGGCUUUUCAUGAGGUUCUGCUAUAACUACUAUGGCUUAUUUAUUGUUUUCUUUAAUGUUGUGGAAGUCUUACUCUUUCAUUAUGUAGUUUUGUUUCUGCACAACUACUGUACUUGUCUGUCUGGAAUAAAGACAAUAGUUUGUUUUGCAUUAAAUGAAACAGUGGCUGAGUAGAGAAGAUUCUGA